AUGCCACCCUGUCGCCCCAAUAUCGCCGGCGACUUUGAUAGAUAUUUCGGAAACGUGAGCGAUCUACGAAAUUGGCAGCAAUUGUGCGCGGAUGUGAGAAUUCCUCAAGCGUGGAAUUUGGGGAGUAUUAAUGCUUGUAGAAAGGCGCUCUCCAAAGUCCACGUCAAUAUCUGUCAACUGUUGGAAUCCUUUCAGACUGGUGUUCCCGUGCGCCUUUUCUCAACUAGGGAUGAGCUUCUUGCGUAUACGAUCAAGAAACAUAAGUUUUAUCCAUUGAGUGAGGCGAAGAAAGGGGGGCCGGUUAGGGGAUUGCUUUUUAAGAGGGGAUAG